CCGAACUUUCAGGCGCGGGACGCGGCAUAGCGCAUUCCUCGCGCUUAAAACGGUGUUUCCCGUGCACACGCAUGCUGCUGCUGCUGCCCUGCGAGCGCUGCCUGCAUCUAGCAGCGCAACCGUAACGUUGGCGAUUACAGCACCAGUGAACAGCAGCACCAGUGAAUCUGUCCGCAGCCAUGGCCGACGAGAAGAAGGACGACAUCACAGCCUUCGCGAAAGCACGGCUGCAGGACCCGUCGCCCAGGAAAGCGCGACGGCAAGGCCGCCACCGGAACUCGCACAGCACGACGGCCGUCCCCGAGCUCUGGCUUAGAGUGAGCGAGCGGCGCGCGGACCACUUCGAGGAGGACUGCGAGGUGGAAGGCGACGACUGGUACUUCUCCGGCCCCUAUUCGGCCGAAAGCUCUUCCCUCCGAGCGGAGGCGGAACGUAGUCCUCGAUUGGAUUUUGGGGGAAGACCCUCACCGGGCUACCACGCUUUAUUGUAUGGCGCUUUGAGGGACGGCUCGGCGUCGCCGAUGACGCCCCAUACCAUCGUAAGAGUAUCAAGAAGACGAUGGUUGAUGUUGGCUUAUCUAUCGUUACUAGCUCUACUCUCAGAUUGGAUCUGCUUCUCGGCGGCACCCAUAGCGCCUCUGGUGAGGCGGAACUUCCGGGUCCACGACGCGCAUUUGGUGACGUGUUUUCUCGCCACAAAUGUCAUUUUCUGUCUACUGGAACCGUCGGUGGUCAAAGUGUGCGGUUUGAGAGUAGCGGUCGUCGGCGGCGCCCUCGCGAUGGCUCUUGGUUGUUUACUACGAAGCGCGGCGGCGGAGGUCGCGGUCUACGAGCAGGCUUACCUGUCGGACGACGACGACUCGUUAUCCCUAGAUAUGGCUCCUGGGUAUUUAGUAGUAGCAGGCACCAUGCUCGUCGGCGCGGCGCAGCCCUUCUUCCAGUGCACGCCUUCCUUACUAGCUGCCAACUGGUUCGGCGAGUCGGAAACAACUCUAGCCGCUACGUUAGCACUAAACAGCAAUCAGUUGGGCAUCGCUCUAGCGUAUGCGGUCGGUGCGGGUCUAGUCCGGACGGACGCGGAUCUAGCUUUAUAUUUUAGAGGAUUGGCUGUGUUUGGCUGUCUGUUGUUUAUUGGGUGCGCGGCUCAUUUCCGGUCCUUACCAAAGAAAGCACCGUCACUCGCGCAGAUGGCGGCCUUGAAGCGCGCCAAGGAUCUAGAAGAACGGAGACGAUGCUUCGACGCGCUGCGACGGGCCGAAUUGGGAGGAACGCCCAAGGUCGUUCCCGAGAAGACGUCGUCGUCGAACCUAUCACUCCUCGAGAGGCGAGUCUACGGCAAGCCCAUCACGCACUGGUUGGUCCAUGGGCGGCAGCUGGGGCACGGUGCCUUGGACCUCGGGACGGAUUUGUUACGGUCUUCAUUACGGUUGUGGUCGUCGUCGGGGUUCCGAGGAUGUCUGAUAGCGUUUGUUUCUUCCAUAGCGUCUACGAACUUGUUUUCCGCCUUCUUGCCUCAUCUCGUGUAUGAGGGAGAAGGGAGCGCGGUCGAUUUAGGAUUGGUGGCGCCGCAGAAGUCGCGGCACCAAGCCACACGAGUCGCGGCGCUGGGGUCGGCGUUCCAGGUCGCUAUUCUACUAGGUUCACUAACUUUCGGCGGCUACGUCGACUGGUCCAAGCGCUACAAGACGGCUACUGGAUUGGCUAUGAUUGGUACCGUAGUAGCGCUGUUAUUCAUCGGGGACGGCGCGGUCGUGCGCCAGCGCCUAGAUUGUACUGUCCUACUAUUAGGCUGUCUCGCGGGCCCCGUCCAGCCGUUAGCGGCGGAGUUAGCGGUAGAAGUGACCUAUCCGGAGGGAGACGAGAACACGAUCGUCGCCCUGAUGCAAACGGCUGGCAAUGGCAUCAGCGCGCUGGCGGUGCCGGCGUUCCUUGCGUUGCAGCGCUUCUACCGCGCGCGGACGACGGAUUACCAGUUGCGGGUGGAGUAUUUGGUGCUGGCGUUGUUGAAUGCUCUUGCGACGGGCUACUUCCUCUGCCGCGUCUACGGAGAACCCCUGAAACGGUGCGCGGCCAACCAGUCGCGACCGGCGUCGCGCGCCACGACGCCGGUCGAGAACGGCGCCGAGGACACGCCGACGGCGGAGCUGCGUGGUCGGAGGCCUUCGGUGGACUUCCUGCCGAUCGCUUCGAAUCAACGGGGCGUCUCGGACGGGUACGGGUCCACGCAAAAGAUGUCGCUGUGACUGAUGUGGUAUCUGAUAUGUAAAUUAUGUAUAUUGC